AUGCAUUAUCUAACACCCAAUAGAUCAUCAAGACCAGCUCCUUACCGGCUCCCUUUGACUACAAGAACAAGCCCAUCUACAUCUUCUUCUUCUCGAUUGUUUGUUGAUGAGAAUCAGAGGAAACAUGCUCGUGGAACUGACUACACUCGUGGAAACUUGUAUACAGCCACAGUGAACCAGAAAUGGUCCCCAAUAGGAUUCGCAGCUACACAGUUGUAUGAUAUGGAGACCGGAAGUGCAUUUGACCGGGAAACAUGUGAACGCAACAUCGAAAAAAUGAUCAAGAAUGACAGAGACAUCGACUACAUGGAGUGGCUCAAUUUGGCAAGCAAAUGUCGAGAAGAAGGGAAAGAUCUUCUUGAAAAGUUCUCGCUGGGAAUGGCCACUCAGACGGCACUGAGCAAUGCCAGAAAUCGUCGUGCCCCCCGAGAAACGAAAACAGUAUCCAAUUUAGUUGGAAAUAUCGAAAAAAGAGGCUUCUCCUUGGAUUCAGCAAAAUGCUUCGACGAAGAAUUAGAAUUACCGAGUCGAAAAACAUUUCGAUUGUCGGAUAUUCUCACAGAAAAUGUAGUAUGCAAUUGGACUUCAACUCAAUUUGACGCUCAUACGAAACGCUUGGCUCUUCACGUCUGGGAUGCAGUUGAUAAUGCCGACGAGCUUUUGGUUUGCUAUGGGUCUUCUCAAAAGGAAAACAAAUAUGUUCCUGUCAACCCUUCGAUUUUCACGAAAAUGAGCGACUACAUCAUCGCGGGUUUUGGUCAAACGAACAGCCAAGACCGAAAAACCCAAGUAAUUUCCUAUCUUCAAUCUUCACUCGAGAAUAAAUUAAAUAGAGUGAGAGCCCGAUACAACGCGAAAUUUGGAAAAUCCCAAAGUGAGCAAGCAGCGAUUUGGCUACAUGAUGAACUAAUGAAGGGAGAGGCAUCAGAAUUGAAAUCGUGA